UCUCACCUUCCUCUCAUACUGCCUCGUAUUCUGAGCAUCUCGAAGAUCCAGCUGAAUGUGCUCAUAAGUCUACGAGGAAUUUGAGGCGUAUCCAACAUUCUGACCCGCCUAGAUAUGCUCUAAGAGCGUCUACAUCUGCUGCGUCUCAUCAGCGAGCCCGGUAGAAGUACCAAUAGUAGCGGAAUUCUAAGCGAGCCAAGAUGGUGGAAAUAUUCAGCGUGCCUGCGUUCUUCAUCCUCUUCCGUGAGACGCUGGAGGCGUCGAUCAUUCUGUCCGUGAUGCUUUCUCUGCUGAAGAAGGUCGUUCCAGACAGGGCCAUGCUCAGGAACCUGCAGAAGCAAGUGUGGGGUGGGGUCGUUCUCGGCGUGGUGCUGUCGCUGGUGUCCGCCGCCAUCUUCCUGUCGCUGUAUUAUACUGUGGCCAAGGAGGCCUGGGACAACACUGAAGCUCUAUGGGAGGGGAUUCUGAGCCUGAUCGCCGUGGUGCUCAUCACGCUCAUGGCCUUCUCCAUGAUCAGAGUGGACACAUGGAGGGCGAAAUGGGAGAAGAAGCUGACCAAGGUCACGGUGGACAGCGUGGAGAAGUACGGCACUCUGCAGAGCACGAGAAGCAAGUACACGCUCUUCCUGAUCCCGUUCACCAUCGUCCUGCGCGAGGGCGUGGAGGCCGUGAUCUUCCUGGGAGGGAUCGGGCUGGAAGGCUCGGGCACAGCGUACCCUCUGGCAGCCAUCACCGGAGCAUUGUGCGGGAUAGCCAUCGGGUUCGUGCUGUACAAGGGAGGCAACCAUGUGGCAUUCAAGUGGUUCCUGGGAGCGUCGACGGCGUUGCUGCUGGUGAUCGCGGCCGGUCUGUUCGCAGGGGCCGUGCACGAGUUCGAGGAGUACACGGAGAACGAGAAGAUGGUGUGGAAGCUGCACUGCUGCCACCACAAAGGAAACGGCAUCUGGAAGCUGCUGAACGCUGUGGUGGGAUGGCGCGACGAGGCGACAGUGGGAACUCUGACUUCGUACUUCAUGUACUGGGCUUUCGUUAUCGUUACGUUCAUUGUUCUGCGUUUGAAAUGGAACAGAGAGGCCGAGGCAGCAAGGCGUGAAUCAGCCACUCCAGCGUCGAUCAAUCCUGUAUAAGAGGGAAAUCCCUACAUUGAUCGUUCACCACAUGCAAGCAAGAGGGCUUGAAAGGUUUGUAUACCGCAACACACUGGUUAUAUUAUCGCAAAUGUUCUAUAUAACCGAUUAGACAAUAAUGGACUCCUCAAGCUAGUGCAAGCUUCUUGUAUUAAGCUGAUGGGAGCAAAGUUUUUGUGACAUUUCCCAGAGGGAGAGAAGCGAUGUAAACAGGUAUCUUCAUGGCCAUACUAAAGUCACAUCCUAGAGGCUGCCAGUGUUCUAGCUAAUGACACCCUCCUGGGUGUCAUUAGCUAAGAGCUGCUGGAACUCUUCGUUGGUGUUGCUGAGCAAUGGCAUGUGAUAUGACCCCACGGUGUACUUGUCCCGUACCCAAGGAGGUCCACAUUGACUGAUACAAGUAGCUUAUAUUCAGAUUGAAAUACUCUUGCUCUCUUACUGGCCUUGGAUAAAGGAACAUGCCCCUACUCUCCGAUAGUAGAUUUCAUGGUCUGAAAAACUGAUAAACUUCACAGCAGGAGGCCAUCUAGUAAAUAGGUACAGGACACGUGGUGCAGAUUCGGAACUUGAGUUCUUCUGUUCUGAUCUGCUUGUGAAAUUUAGCAUUCGGUUCACUCACCUGUAUGGGUUGUUAAAAGCUCAAUAAAGCG